ACAGCAGUCAUCAGCAGCUACUACAGGAUUCACCACACCACUAGAGUGAAGAUAAUCAAAUCACAUUAACGACUCCAAAAAUUCAGGAAACACACAAAACCAUUUUUCCACCUUCCUUUUUCUUCCCCCAAUUCCCCUCAUUUACUCUCUCUCUCUCUUCACCUACAAUUUUCUAUUCUCAAUUUUCAAAAAAAAAGCUGUGUUUUUCUUAUCCCAAUUAUUCCCUGAAAUCCAAUAUCCUACAGAUUUUUUUUCCCUUAAAAAAAUGAGCUGCCUUUCGUCUUUCCUUCUCUCCCUCUAACGUCACUCUCCCACUCUGUCUUCUUCUUCCUUCAUUGUUUUCAGAUCUAGGGUUUCCGUCUGAAACCCUAGAAUUUUCCCCAUUUUCUUCAUUUCUUCACUCUUCAAUGGCCACUUCUUACAUGACUGCUGCUCAGGUUGGUUCGUACUUUGUGACACAAUAUUACUCAAUGCUUCAGCAGCGGCCGGAGUUCGUUCACCAGCUAUACUCAGAUGCGAGCACUAUGGUUCGUAUUGAUGGUCAUACCCGUGAGUCUGCCACUGCAAUGCUGCAAAUUCAUGCACUUGUUAUGUCAACUCGUUUUACGGCAAUUGAGAUCAAGACAGCGCAUUCUCUUGAAUCAUGGAAUGGAGGAGUGAUUGUCAUCGUCACAGGGUCGGUACAGAUCAGGGAUUUCAGUGGGAGAAAGAAAUUUUCUCAGACUUUUUUUUUGGCUCCUCAGGAGAAAGGUUUUUUUGUCCUCAAUGACAUUUUUCACUUUAUUGAGGAAGACCAAGUUCAUACAUAUCCGGCUUCACUGAUGGGGCAAACCAAUCUUAAUGUGAAGUUGAAUGCUUCUUCACCCAUACCCGAGGCAGUUCCAAACUACAUGAUGAGUGGAGGAAUGCAGGCCAGAGACUUCAUUCCUCCUGGGGACAUCAAAGAAAAUGGUACUGCCGAUAAGUAUUCAAUGGCUGAGCAGAGGCUUCAGCAAACUCCUGUAGUUGAAAGUAUCCUUGACGAAAAUUCUAGAGAGCAGGCAAAUGGUUUUCAUGAGAGCCCAAUGAACGCCAUACAAGAACUUUCACCAGCACACAUAGAGGAAUCUGUUGAGGAGCCUCAAAAGCAUACCUAUGCUUCUGUAAUAUGUUUUUACUGGAAGUUACGCGCUGCCAAAGUACAGUCUGCACCCUCUGUUGCACCUCCAUCUUCUUCUAACAAGGCUGUGGCUCCUGCUUCAGAAUGGCUGCAUUCCCCACAACAAAAUAAUCAGCAAUCUGUUGCCCAACAAGCUCAGCAGCAGUCUAAUUCCAUGCAUGUUGCAAGUGAUAGUCUGACACCAGACAUGGGUGAGGAGGUUUCUGCUAUAGAUGAUAGAGGUGAAAUAAAAUCAGUGUAUGUGAGAAACUUGUCUCCGUCCAUAUCUGCUUCUGAGAUAGAGGAGGAGUUCAAGAAAUUUGGUCAACUUACCACUGAAGGGGUAGCCAUCAGGAGACUGAAGGACACUGAUGUUUGUUAUGCGUUUGUUGAAUAUGAAGAUAUGGAUUCUGUCCAGAGUGCAAUUAAGGCGGGUUCAGUCUACAUUGCCGGACGACAAGUAUACAUAGAAGAGAGGAGAGCAAACAGCAGCUUUGCACGUGGAAGGAGAGGCAGAGGCAGGGCUACUUAUCAGCCUGAUGCUUCAAGGGGUCGGUUUGGAGGUCGAAGUUAUAGCAGCUGGGGUGGCGGUCAAGUCGGGGGAGAACGUGAGUUCAAUAGACCGAGAGGAAACGGAUAUCACAGGCAAACUAGCCGACAAGACAAAGGGUAUUCAGCGAAUCAAGCUUCAAGAAAUGGAGAAAGCAUAUCAGAGUGAACAUUUAGGUUUGAUGACGAAAAAAUAUAGAAUUUUUAGUAUUGUUUCAGUUUAGUUUUGGAUAUAAAAGUAUACAUAUAUUUUUGGAGCUCUUUUAGCAUUUGAAGAAAUGCAUUCUUUUGGGAGUGGCUUUCAAUAUAUAGCCUCUGUUAUUGUUCA